UUUUUUCCCCCAUUCCUCUUCUGCUAGGUGUGAGUGUAUAGCCCAGCUCAGCAGAUUGUUGCCCUUCUCCUUCCAAUAAACAGCUGCUUCUUCCUCCUUACCUCCUCCCAAGCAGAGCACAUGUCUCUGUAGUACUACAGAGGAAGAGGAGGAGGAGGGAGAAGGGGAGGAGGAGGAGGAGGAUCAGGAUCCUUUAGGGAAGAGAGAACCCUUUCAAAGUUCCACGCGGCAGUCUCUCCUUGCCACUGGGGACGGGCAUAGCCCUCGCUGCUCUGGCCUACAAAUGUCCCACUGGAUGAAUUGCUAAACUGCCACCUGCUUCUGAGCAUUGUUCAACCUGGCGGGAUCCUCAGAACCGGGAGGUUCAGCUACCUGUGGUCAACCUCCACCUGGAAGCAGAUGCUGCCUCGGGGUAUCGUCAGAAGGUCAUAGCAGCCUUUACGCUGCGUCCCCAUACCCCCGUCAUCCACCUCACUUCAUCUCAUCACGUAGGCAUUUUACCAUCUCACAUCAUCACGAGAAGGGUUAGCAAAGACAGCUGAAGCCGACUUGUGCAGGAUUCCCCUGGCUCUUCUGGAUCAAGACCCCACUACCUCCUCUCCCUGGCAGCCUGUGUUCUGGGCCUCACCUAGACAAGUCUGAGUAGGAACAAGCCAUCUCUUCCAUCCAUAGCCAUGAAUUUCCUCCGGCGACGCCUCUCCGACAGCAGUUUCGUGGCCAACCUGCCUAAUGGCUACAUGACAGACCUGCAGCGCCCAGACAGCUCCACCAGCUCCCCUGCUUCCCCAGCCAUGGAGAGGAGGCACCCCCAGCCCCUGGCAGCCUCCUUCUCCUCUCCAGGAUCCAGCCUCUUUAGCUCCUUCUCCAGUGCCAUGAAGCAGACCUCACAAGCCCCCUCAGGGCUGAUGGAGCCUCCAGGUCCCUCCGUUCCCAUUGUUCAAAGGCCCAGGAUCCUAUUGGUGAUCGAUGAUGCCCACACAGAUUGGACCAAGUAUUUUCAAGGAAAGAAGGUGAAUGGAGAGAUUGAGAUCCGAGUGGAGCAGGCUGAAUUCUCAGAGUUGAACCUAGCUGCCUAUGUUACUGGGGGCUGUAUGGUGGACAUGCAAGUCAUGAGAAAUGGGACCAAGGUAGUAAGAUCCUUCAAGCCGGACUUCAUCCUAGUCCGUCAGCAUGCCUAUAGCAUGGCUCUGGGUGAAGACUACCGAAGCCUGGUCAUCGGCCUCCAGUACGGAGGGUUGCCUGCUGUCAACUCCCUCUACUCUGUCUACAACUUCUGCAGCAAGCCCUGGGUGUUCUCUCAACUCAUUAAGAUCUUCCAUUCCCUGGGUCCUGAGAAGUUCCCACUUGUGGAACAAACAUUCUUCCCCAACCAUAAGCCAAUGCUCACAGCACCACACUUCCCCGUGGUCGUCAAGCUGGGACACGCCCACGCCGGGAUGGGAAAGAUCAAAGUAGAAAACCAGCAUGACUACCAGGACAUCACCAGCAUGGUGGCUAUGGCCAAAACCUAUGCCACCACUGAGGCCUUCAUUGACUCCAAGUACGACAUCCGCAUCCAGAAAAUUGGAUCCAACUACAAGGCUUACAUGAGAACCUCCAUCUCUGGAAACUGGAAGGCCAACACAGGCUCUGCCAUGCUGGAGCAGGUGGCCAUGACAGAGAGGUACAGGCUAUGGGUGGACAGCUGCUCAGAAAUGUUUGGCGGCCUGGACAUCUGCGCUGUCAAAGCUGUCCACAGCAAAGAUGGCAGAGAUUACAUCAUUGAGGUGAUGGACAGCUCAAUGCCCUUGAUUGGAGAGCACGUGGAAGAGGACAGACAGCUGAUGGCCGACCUCGUUGUCUCCAAAAUGAGCCAACUCCUGAUACCAGGGGGCACAGUGCCCUCACCCCUGAGGCCUUGGGCUCCACAGACAAAACCAGCGAAAUCCCCCGGGCCGGCCCAGCUGGGGCCUCAGCUUGGACAGCCCCAGCCGCGCCCGCCCACACAAGGGGGCCCUCGCCAAACUCCAGCUCAGCAGCGCUCUGGAAGCCCCUCCCAGCAGAGGCUCUCCCCGCAAGGCCAGCAGCCGCUGAGCCCCCCAUCCGGAUCUCCGCAGCAGCAGAGAUCCCCAGGCUCUCCGCAGCUGUCCCGGGCGUCCAGUGGCAGCUCUCCAAACCAGGCCUCCAAGCCAGGUGCCCCCCUCACCUCCCAGUCCCGGCCCCCCGUUCAAGGCCGAAGUGCCUCCCAACAGGGGGAAGAGUCCAAGAAGCCAGCCCCGCCCCACCCUCAUCUCAACAAAUCCCAAUCCCUGACCAACAGCCUCAGCACGUCCGACGCCUCCCAGCGUGGGACCCCAAGUGAGGACGAGGCCAAGGCCGAAACCAUCCGCAACCUGAGGAAGUCUUUUGCCAGCCUGUUCUCUGACUAAGCUGGCCUGGGCUGGGAGAGGGAGGGCUCCGUUCCACUCUCCCUUCUCCUGCCUCAUCUUCCUUCUCAGCCUUGGUUCCCAAUGGGAACAGAAUGGAGGGCCUGAGAAUAUACGCUCUAAAUGCCUUUGACCCAGGAACAGAGUAUCUAUACUUGUCCCCUCCCCCUUUACCAUGACAUUCCAGCACCAUCCAACUCAGUGGUGGGCCUUUGAGAGCCUCUGGGUUCCUCAAAUCAGGCCCUAAAGGCAUCACAUCACCCAUCCCACCCAGAUGCUUGCUCCCCUGCCUCAGAUAACC